AUGGGUUACUCUUGCCUACGACCCACCACGCCGACGCUUCGGAAGCGUCACAAAGAAUGGCUGUCCACGCGGUCGCUGUCCAUCAAGUCCGAGGCGGGCGAUGACGGCGCGUCGCCACCGAGCCUGUGCACCGGGCCAGCCCGCCUCGCCUGCACACUGACUCGCCCGCGCCCGAACGUAUUCGCAGACAUCGAGCCUGGCAAGUACUCGAAGCUCAACGCGGGACGGCCGGUCUGCAUGUGCUUCUCGUGGCUCGCCGUCUACAUAGUCCUCGCGCUGCUAAUGGCGCUCGGCCUCAAAGACUUCAGCAUCAUGAUGAACUUCGUCUUCUCCGACGAGAAGGCGACGACCAACCUCCAGUUUCAGGGGUUUGCCGAGGCGUCCAAGCCCGAGAACCGGUACGAGUCGCGCAGCUUCGCGGCCGACAACACCACCUACAUGGAGUCAGCUUACACCUAUGACGCGUUUGACGGAGGCAACCUCUUUGACUCUGCGGACAAGGUCAGCGCGAUGGCGCGCGCGGAGGAGUUCGUGCUGGCGGUGCGCGACUGGACGACGCACUGCACAAAAGUAAUAAGUUUCACCGACGGCAGCGCACAGUGCGAGUCGCCAAAGACGCUGCUCAACUACCUCUACGUCUCGGACGAAGCUCACGAGGCCGGCUGCGUGGCCGGCUUCUGCGAGACAGACAACUUGACCCUCUGCCGUCCCGCAGGGGCAAAAGUAAGUGGCACGACCAGAUACGGCAUCUCGCCGUGCCGGUCGCGCACGUACGACUGGCGCAACGGCUCGCUCACCCCGAUUGAUCAGUGGGCCAAGCGCUUCCUCGACUGUUGCGCCACAGCGCCCGAUAUCGCCGAGGAACUGCUGCCGACGACGGCGUUCGAAGAGUGCCGAAACGGCACGUGGGGGGGCACGCGAUACGCGAGGGCCAAGUACACGGCGGCGUCGUCUUGGCUGAGCGACACCGAUUUCGAGGACGCCCACUCGACUUUUGACGGCCUGCGGUACGUAUUUAAGGACCUGACCACCCUCGUGCCCGUGUCUGUCAUCUUCAUCUUCCUCUUCAUCUGGCUCAUGGUCGGCUCGCUCUUCCUCGCCUGCGCCGGGAUGCUGCAAAUCUUCCUCGCCUUCCUCGGCGGCAUGGCGCUCUGGGUCGGCGUCUUCCAACAGCAGUACAUCGACAUGUUCCAGAUCUCGGCCAUCUUUCUCAUCCUCUGCAUCGGUGCAGACGACAUCUUCGUCUGGUCGGACACGUGGAAGGAGAGCGCCGCGCAGCCGCUGCUCCGUGGCGACCUAGUCAAGCGGCACGCGUGGACUUUCCACCGCGCGGCGAGCGGCAUGCUCAAUACGACGGCGACGACGGUGAUCUGCCUGCUCCUCAACAUGGCCAGCUCGAUCCCCUUCUUCUGGUGCUUCGGCAUCUUCAACGCCCUCGCCAUCACCCUCUUUCCCGCGCUCACUUGCGUGCACGCAACCUACUUCGCGCUGCCUUCGCUCGUGUGA